CCCAUGGCAGCCUGGGCAGCGUCGUCUGCGCCAACAAGGUCUGGAAUUCCAGGAAUUCCAGGAAUUCUGGGAAUUCCCGAGACCUUCCAGGGUUUUUUUUCCAGGCCCACGGGGUCCUAAGGGAUGGGAAUUGUCAGAAUUCUGGAGAUUCCGGAGCUGUUCCUGGAGCUCGGGUCCCAACUGGUUCCUCCAGGAUUGAAAUUCCAGGAAUUCUGGAAGUUUCUGGGCAUUCCAGAACCAUUCCCAGGGUUUUAUUCAGACUGGAUCCUGUGGGAUUGGAAUUCUGGAAAUUUCCGGAAUUCCAGAGAUGUUCCCAGGGUUUUUUCCAGGCUGGAUCCAGAGAGUUGGGAAUUGUGGGAACGUUGGGAAUUCUGGAGAGGUUCUGGGGUUUGUUCCAGGCUGGGCCCGCACGGCAGCCUGGACAGCGUCGUCUUCGCCGUCUGCGCCAACAAGGUCCGGGAAUGCCGGGAAUUCCGGGAAUUCCGGAGGGGUUCCCGGGGUUUGGUCCUUGCUGGAUCCAGAGGGUUGGGAAUUGUGGGAAUUGUGGGAAUUGUGGAGAGGUUCUGGGGUUUGUUCCAGGCUGGGCCCGCACGGCAGCCUGGACAGCGUCGUCUUCGCCGUCUGCGCCAACAAGGUCCGGGAAUGCCGGGAAUUCCGGGAAUUCCGGAGGGGCUCCCGGGGCUUGUUCCUUGCUGGGUCCUCUGGGAUGGGAAUUGUGGGAAUUGUGGAGAGGUUCUGGGGUUUGUUCCAGGCUGGGCCCGCACGGCAGCCUGGACAGCGUCGUCUUCGCCGUCUGCGCCAACAAGGUCCGGGAAUGCCGGGAAUUCCGGGAAUUCUGGGAAUUCCAGAGGGGUUCCCGGGGUUUGUUCCUUGCUGGGUCCUCUGGGAUGGGAAUUGUGGGAAUUGUGGGAAUUGUGGAGAGGUUCUGGGGUUUGUUCCAGGCUGGGCCCGCACGGCAGCCUGGACAGCGUCGUCUUCACCGUCUGUGCCAACAAGGUCCGGGAAUGCCGGGAAUUCCGGGAAUUCCGGAGGGGUUCACGGGGUUUGGUGCUUGCUGGGUCCUCUGGGAUGGGAAUUGUGGGAAUUGUGGGAGUUCUGGAGAGGUUCUGGGGUUUGUUCCAGGCUGGGCCCGCACGGCAGCCUGGACAGCGUCGUCUUCGCCGUCUGCGCCAACAAGGUCCGGGAAUGCCGGGAAUUCCGGGAAUUCCCGAGGGGUUCCCGGGGUUUGUUCCUUGCUGGAUCCAGAGGGUUGGGAAUUGUGGGAAUUGUGGGAAUUCUGGAGAGGUUCUGGGGUUUGUUCCAGGCUGGGCCCGCACGGCAGCCUGGACAGCGUCGUCUUCGCCGUCUGCGCCAACAAGGUGGACGCGGGGAAGCUGCGGGUGGUGGACGAGAGCGAGGGGCGGCUCUGGGCCGAGAGCCGCGGAUUCCUCUACUGGGAGACCUCGGCCCAGAGCGGGGAGGGCAUCCAGGAGAUGUUCCAGAAUUUCUACUCGGCCAUCGUGGAGCUGUGCGAGAGCGGCGGGAAGCGGCCGCCGGCCGGGGCCGGGCUCAGCUUCACGCGGGAGCAGGCGGACGCCAUCCGGCGCAUCCGCGCCAGCAAGGACAGCUGGGACAUGCUGGGGCUCAAACCCGGCGCCUCCAGGGAGGAGGUGACGCGGGCGUACCGGCGCCUGGCCGUGCUGCUGCACCCCGAACCCCAGAAUUCCCUCAAGAAUUCCCAUGGAAACCCCAAAAUCCCUGCCCCAAACCCCCAGAAUUCCCAGGGAAACCUCAAAAUUCCUGCAGGAAAACCUGGAAUUCCCAUGGGAAGACCCUGGAAUUCCUGUGGGAAAAGUUGGAAUUCCAGUGGGAGAAACUUGGAAUUCCCAUGGGAAAAACUUGGAAUUCCUGCAGGAAAAGCUGAAAUUCCAACAGGAGAAGCCGAAAUUCCUCCAGGAAAAAACCCCGGAAUUCCCUCAAGAAUUCCCAUGGAAACCCCAAAAUCCCUGCCCCAAAUCCCCAGAAUUCCCAGGGAAACCUCAAAAUUCCUGCAGGAAAACCUGGAAUUCCCAUGGGAAGACCCUGGAAUUCCUGUGGGAACAGUUGGAAUUCCAGUGGGAGAAACUUGGAAUUCCCAUGGGAAAAACUUGGAAUUCCUGCAGGAAAAGCUGAAAUUCCAACAGGAGAAGCCGAAAUUCCUCCAGGAAAAAACCCCGGAAUUCCCUCAAGAAUUCCCAUGGAAACCCCAAAAUCCCUGCCCCAAACCCCCAGAAUUCCCAUGGAAACCCCCAGAAUUCCCAGAUUUCCCUGGGAAUUCCAUGUUUUCCUGUCCCAGGGAGGAGGUGACGUGGGCGUACCGGCGCACAAUUUUUUUCUGGAAAAAUGCGAAAUUCUUGCCAGAAAACCCCAAAAUUCCCUCAAGAAUUCCCAUGAAACCCCAAAAUCCCUGCCCCAAACCCCCAGAAUUCCCAGAUUUCCCUGGGAAUUCCAUGAUUUCCCCGGUCCCAGGGAGGAGGUGACGCGGGCGUACCGGCGCCUGGCCGUGCUGCUGCACCCCGAACCCCAGAAUUCCCUCAAGAAUUCCCAUGGAAACCCCAAAAUCCGCGCCCCAAACCCCCAGAAUUCCCAGGGAAACCCUCAGAAUUCCUGCAGGAAAAGCCAAAAUUCCUGCAGGAAAACUUGGAAUUCCCAUGGGAAAAACUUGGAAUUCCUGCAAGAAAAGCUGAAAUUCCAACAGGAGAAGCCGAAAUCCAUUCAAGAAAAUCCCAAAAUUCCCUGAAGAAUUCCCAUGGAAACCCCAAAAUCCCUGCCCCGAACCCCCAGAAUUCCCAGGGAAAAGCCGAAAUUCCAACAGGAAAACUUGGAAUUCCCAUGGAAAAACUUGGAAUUCCAGUGGGAAAAGCUGAAAUUCUUGCCAGAAAACUCCAAAAUUCCCUCAAGAAUUCCCAUGGAACCCCGAAAUCCCUGCCCCAAACCCCCAGAAUUCCCGGAUUUCCCUGGGAAUUCCCGAUUUUUCCCCGUUUUUCCCGG